GCGCACAUGCAUGUACACCAGCCACCUGGUCUUUGGGUUUUCGGCACCCCAGCACGUGCAUGCACACCAGCCAGCAGGUAUUCGUGCAUGCUGGAGUGCCGAGAACCCGAAGACCAGGUGGCCGGUGCACAUGGGCUGCCUGUGGGCUGGCCAAUUGGUCUUUGGCUUUCCGGCGCAUGGAAAGACUAGCUGGCCGGCGUGCAUGCGCGUGCGUUCCGGUUUGGGCACUCUGUGCUGAAAAGUUUUGCCACCACUACACUAAGGCAUUUGGCAGCAUAAAGAGAACACCAGAAGGGCGUCCCUGGGUUCAAGAGGUCCCAGGAUGGGCUAUGGCAUCGUUUUAGAAAUCCUUGUAGGACUUGGAUCCCAGGCCUCGUCCCCCAUAUAUCUUCAGCAACCGUCCUGUGAAGGUGUGCAUGUGGGGGGGGGGCCUCUGGAGCUGGACUUAAAGGGUUGGUGGUGAUACUGCCGAUAGAUGUGGACAGUGGGUUGUAUGGUGUGUGCGCGAAGCAGUUGGACGCCAGUUGUGGGCCAGCUCUUUCAUUCCACCCUGUCCAACAGCUCUAAACAGUGGGAGGCAAAGUGUAGCAUUUUAAAAACAGGCUCUCAACCUCAGCACGUUGAAACCCCCCAAGUUCUUGAACAUUGCUGAGGUGAAGAAAGAUGGUUUUUAAGGAAUUGGAUAAUGUUCUCCUGACCUUCUGCGUGAUGUUCUCCAGAAGGGCCUCCGAAUGCCUCUUUGAAGAAGAAGCAAGGCUCUCUGGAGUCCUGGAGAAAGGUCUAUAAUCCUGUAGCUUUUAGGGGGUCUCCAAACUUGAAGACUUGUGGACUUCAGCAACACAUGCUGGUUGGGGAAUUCUGGGAAUUGCAGCCCACAAGUCUUGAAGUCUCCAACCCUAACCCCUGCUGUAACUGAAAAAGCCAUGUGCCCCUUCCUCUUUCUCCCCCUCCCCUUCCUCAUAUUUCCUUCUGCUAAACAACGCCAGACGUUGGUAGUUCUAGUGCCCCACCGGCCUCCUGUAGGCAGCACCUAAAGCUGGCAAUAUUAGUCCAGCCAGCGUAGCUAUACGAUCACCGUAAAUCAUCCUAGCCUUUCACUCCGUUCAGAAAUUGUAUUUCCUACUCUGCGAUUCUUUUUUCUCUCCCUUUCCUUUCCUUCUUCCCCUGCCCUCUGCUUAUUUCUCUGUGCGGUGUCCUUUUGAGGAAGGGGGGUUGAUGGUUAUAUUGUUUCUUUGCAAAACGUUCAUAAGGCGGGAGGGUCUGCAGGAUGGGGUCAAAAAAAGUCAGGGCGGCAGGGCCACACCAGCGCAGUCAAAACCUCCACAAUUUUUCAACGUGUGCUGCCAAGCAGGUGGAGUGUCUUCCAUUGCACUCUUGUGGCCGCCAUUUUGACUCUUGACCACACCCAACAGGCAGCCUUGCCCAUAAGCUAAUCUUUGAGUUGUAUGGGUUUUAAUUUUCAUUGUUGUUAUUGUUUUGUUCUGACUGUCAGAAUGUGAAUUACUGUACAAAGGCAUUUUACCCUAUUUAUAUAUUGUAAUGUUAUUAAAUAAAAGGUAUCUAAAGUAAUUGUUCGUACACGCAACUUUGGGAAAAGGGGGCGGAUUUCAACUCGGUUAGUUGAAGCUGAGGGUUCCCAGAAGAGCAUUUCAUGUGAAUCCACCUUUGUGAGCCGUACCAUCUGCGCCAUCCUUGGUUGGCACCUAGAAGUUGGGUGAACCGGAUUUCUUUCGGCUUCUGUGGAUGACUCAUGACCAGGGGCGAAACUCUGUGAAGUCUGCUACCAGUUUGCCUUGUGCGCACGUGCGCACCGCAGGUGCUACCGUGCAGCGCUGAAAAAAGAUUAAGUAAAACAGUGAAGGGGGGGGACAGCUGUGCCGCGUGAUUUGGAUUUGCUAGGAAGCAGGAUUUCCUGCUUUUUAGCGAAUAUAAAUCGCCCAGCGCAGGUGAUUGUUGAACAGCUGAUUGUUGGAAUGUUAAAAAAAUGCUACUGGUUUGGGUGAACUGGUAGUUCUGAUGGUUGCACAGCUGAUCGUUGGAACUACCGGGAAUUGGUAGCAUUUUUUCCUUACCGGUUCGGACAAUCUGGUCCGAACUGGUAGUAUUUCACCCCUGCUCAUGACCAAAGUUUGUAAAAUAUUGGGGCAAAGUGGGGGCGUGUGCCAUAAACAUAACUAAACAUGAAACACAGAAAACUCCCAUUAGAUUUAUAUUGUCUUGCAGUGAGUCAUGGGUGCAAUUUUACAACCUUUCUUGCCAUAGUUGUUAAGUGAAUCGCUGCAGUUGUAAAGAUAGUAACAUCUGGCUUCCCCCAUUGACUUGCUUCCCAGAAGGUCACCCAUCGGGAACAGGGGACCCUGGGACGCGGCAACUGUCAUCAACAUGAACCGGUUUGCCAAACAACCAAAAUUUCAUCACUGCUGCAAUGUUUGUAAAAAUAGGUGUUCUCUUUUUUCAAGGAGGAGUCAAUAGUAGCCCUAGAGUUUGUCCUCGGGUUCACUGUGUAGACAGUGGCCACUUGAAGACUUGUGGAUUUUAACUCCCAGAAUUCCCCAGCCAGCAUAACUUACUCUCUUGUAAUCCCUUCCUCUGCAAUCUCUCCAUUUACAUCAAAGGUCUUCAAACGUGGCCACUUUAAGACUUGUGGACUUCAACUCCCAGAAUUCUCUAGCAGCAUAAUUUCCAGUUUUCCUGUUGGGCUGGUUUUUCACGCUCCGGAAGCUUCGGGGAAACCUCCAGAAGGUGAAAAACGGCCUCAAAAGAAGGCCAAAGUCAUAUGGCCAGCGUGCACAUGUGCUUUCCGGCUGACAGGGCAAUGCCUUACAUGCUCUGACAAAUGGCUCCAUGUGCCACCUGUGGCUCACCAUCAUCAGCUCUUCUACCUAAAGGGCAAGUUGAGACCAAAAGAUGGAGGUGGUGGCAGGAUAUAGGUCAGGGUUGUGCAACCUUUGCAACUUUGAGACUUCCAAUCGUGCUGGGUGGGGACUUCUGGGAGUUCAAGUCCACAAAUCCACCCGUGACCUAGACGAGUGCAUCAUUGCCUUUUAGUCAUUUCCCAACCUGGUGGGCUGAAACGAGCAGACGAAAUGCUUCGAGGACUUCCUAGCUGGUCUUUCCCCUCUUCCCCCGCUCUGCUUUACUCCAUCAGCUUCAUAUGCAGACAUCUCACUUCCUCAAAGCUGGUGAGACAGCAGCUCCUGCAUGUUCAGCCACCCAGGGCGGGGGAGCAUGACACGCAUGGGGUUUUUGCAGAGGAACCCUCUGGAGAACAAUGGAGCUGAAUGCAACCAAGGGCCUACUCGAGAAUGAAGGGUGACCCCCCACUAGGUUCUUCUGGCCUGUGAAAUGAACUAAGGCUAGACUCAACAUCUGGAAAGGGAGCAAGCUGAUACUGCACUACAAGGAAGCGCGAGAGAACAAUCUGCAUGUCGCAGAAAGCCCCAAGCUGGGUAGGCGGAAGUUGUUGGCAAACCCAAUGCGACUUUGCUUUUCUUGAGGAAGCCCAGACGUCGGUCGAAUAACAUCUCUCCAGCGCUCACCAUCUGGAGCAGGGAAAAGGACCCCCCUCCCCUGUGGAAGCAAACCUUACACCUGGAGCUGGGAUGUCUCUCAAAUUUCCUCGUCACUGGGAUUUCCAUCUGAAGAAGGAAAUAUCCAAAAUAGUUCGCUCGCAGAGCAUGAUGGCCGUUGAUGCGAAAGGCUCUGGCCCUUGGCAUCAGCUCCCCAACCCUCUGGAGCGCCCCUUGAAAAGCGGCUGGCUGAAGAAGCAGCGAUCCAUCGUCAAGAACUGGCAGCAGAGGUUCUUCGUGCUGAAGGGCCAACACCUGCACUACUACAAGGAGGAGGAAGACCUGAAGCCCCAGGGUUCCUUAAAACUUCAGGGCUGCAUCAUCCAAGAAGUGGCUUCUGGAUCCGAUGAAGCUGGAAAAUUUAUCUUUGAAAUCAUUCCAGGGCUUUCAGGAGAGCAAAGUCGAAAUGGGCCAGACUCCUUUGUGCUGAUGGCGAAUUCUCAGGCUGACAUGGAGGAGUGGGUCAAGCUACUCCGAAGAGUAGUUGGCUCCCCUUUAGGAGUGGUCUUUGGGCAACAACUGGAGGACACCAUGGUGUAUGAACAGAGAUUUGGGCAGUAUCAGGUUCCCAUCUUGGUGGAGAAGUGUGCAGAAUUCAUCCGGAAGAAUGGCAUGAAUGAGGAGGGGGUUUUCCGACUGCCUGGCCAAGACAAUCUGGUGAAGAAACUGCGGGAUGCGUUUGAUGCUGGCGAGAGACCCUCGUUUGACCAAGACACGGAUGUCCACACGGUGGCUUCUUUGUUGAAACUUUACCUACGCGAACUCCCUGAGCCGGUCAUCCCUUGGGGCCAGUAUGAGGACUUUCUCUUGUGCGGUCAGCUUCUAACAUCUGAUGAAGGCAAGGGUCACUCACAGCUAGUGAAGCAGCUGGCACGUUUACCCCCGGACAACUAUAACCUUUUGAGUUACAUCUGCCGGUUCCUGCAUGAAGUCCAGCAGAGUUCUGACACCAACAAGAUGAGCGUGGAAAACUUGGCCACUGUGUUUGGUGUAAACCUCAUUCGGCCCCAGAUGGAAGAUCCAGUGACUAUUAUGAGAGGGACUCCUCAGAUUCAGAAAGUGAUGACCGCAAUGAUCGGUGACCACGAGAAGCUCUUCCCAGGGUUCAAAGACGCAAGGCCUGUUCCCCCUCCCUCCGAAAGCAGUUCCACCAAGGCUCCAGUGCUUCGGAGCUCUGUCGGUUGGGACGCUGUCCAGCGGCCAUCCAUGGCCUGGAGGGACAACAGGAGCCUGUUUCAAAUUAAAGAUGAUCUCAAAGCUUCCAAUUCCAAAUUAAGGGACGGCUCGGCUCUGUCAGCAGAAGAGAAAGGAGAACCUCAGUCCGGGGAGACCCAGGCCAUGCGAAAGAGGACUCAGACUCUUCCAAAUCGAAGAUGCAUUGAGAGUUUCUCUUCCAACAGGAGGAACCAAAACAUGGAUAGGACAGACAUUUUCAGUAGCAACUUUUGGUCUUCGUCCUCAUCUUCAUCCAUGAUCCAGCCCAUCCCUAAUUCUCUCCCAGGAGGUCACAAAAGAGCUUUGUCUCAGGGAAUUUCUAAACUCUUCAGCUUCACACAACCCUCAGACUCUGGCAGUCUCCACAGUGUGGAGCCGGGUGACACAAGCGAGGCUGACCACAGUUCUUCAGGCCAACCAGGAGAUGAUUUCGGAACGUGUUUACAGAUGAAUGACUCUCCCAGGUCUAAAGAAAAUGGCGCCACAAUUCUGGAGCUCCCGUUGGAGGAGGAGGAUGUAUAUUCAGAAGACCCUGAACUUCUCAGGAAGAUGAUUGCGGAGCUGAAGGAGGAGAUGGCAGCACAGAAAAAUAGCUACGAGGAGCAAAUGAGAAGCCUCGAGAAGGAGAACUUUGACGUCUGGACCAAAGUGGUGAGGCUUAAUAAAGAGAUUGAAGAAGAAAAAACUAAAUCUACAAAGCUGGAAUCUGAGCUCCGGAACCUUAAACGUUCCAGGAAGGUCAACGAGGAGAACCAACACAAUGAAGACUUGUUGAAGUCUACAGGCCAGGUGCCCACAAGAACUGAGGAGAGGACAGAGUGGCCAGACCAGCUGUGAUUCCUCUUUCUCAAAGGACUGUUGUACUUAACACUUCUAUAGAUUCAAAACAGAACCCCUGGUGGGUUCACCAAGACUGGAUUCCAUUCCCUCCAGAGCAGGGAUCUCCAACCUUGUCAACUUUAAAACUUCUGGGAUUUGAAGUCCACCAGUUUUAAAGUUGAC